AUGUGGCUGGCUACAUUUAGAGACCAUCUGUUGCCUGCACACCUGCCACACCAGCAAGGGACUGUAACCAUCACCCACUGUGCUCUUCUUUGGUGGAUAUUAUGCUCCUGCUGGUCGUUCACCAAGGCGACAAGCCAGAAAUUCUACCCGACGGUCACCACCCAGUUCGGGAAGCUGCGGGGCCUCCGGGUGCCCGUGCCCAGCGAGGUGCUCCGGCCCGUGGAUCAGUACCUGGGCGUCCCCUAUGCCGCUCCUCCCGUGGGUGAAAAGCGCUUCAUGCCGCCAGAGCAGCCGUCCUCUUGGUCAGGUAUCAAGAACGCCACCCACUUCAUGCCCGUGUGCCCUCAGAACAUCCACAACACCGUGCCAGAGAUCAUGAUGCCCAUCUGGUUCACCUACAACCUGGACACAGUAGCCACAUACAUUCAGGAUCAGAGCGAGGACUGUUUGUAUCUAAACAUCUACGCUCCGACAGAGGAUGGGAGCCAACACAAGAAAAAGGGGGCGGCUUUCUCACAUGCUGAGACUCAUAUAUCCGAAGAUAUAAGGGACUCCGAAGCUCGACCUGUGAUGGUCUACAUCCACGGAGGCUCCUAUAUGGAGGGCACUGGGAACAUGAUGGACGGCAGCGUACUGGCCAGUUACGGGAAUGUUGUCGUCGUCACGCUCAACUACAGAAUUGGAAUAUUAGGCUUCCUCAGCACGGGUGACCAGGCAGCAAAGGGAAACUACGGGCUCCUGGACCAGAUUCAAGCUCUGCGCUGGAUCAGUAAGAACAUUGGUUACUUUGGAGGAGACCCGGGCCGCAUCACAGUGUUUGGAUCAGGGAUUGGUGCAUCCUGCGUCAGUCUGCUGACAUUGUCCCACCACUCAGAGGGUUUGUUCCACAGAGCCAUCAUCCAGAGCGGUUCAGCCCUGUCCAGCUGGGCCGUCAACUACCAGCCGGUCAAGUACACUCGCAUGCUGGCCGAGAGGGUUGGCUGCAACGUGCUCGACACCGUGGACAUGGUCUCCUGCCUGCAGAAGAAGAGUGCCAAGGAGCUGGUGGAGCAAGACAUCCAGCCCGCGCGAUACCGCGUGGCUUUCGGCCCGGUCAUCGACGGAGACGUCAUCCCGGACGACCCCGAGAUCCUGAUGGAGCAGGGCGAGUUCCUCAACUACGACAUAAUGCUGGGGGUCAACCAGGGGGAAGGCCUGCGCUUUGUGGAGAACGUGAUGGACAUGGAGGACGGCGUGUCCGGCAGCGACUUUGACUUUGCCGUGUCAGACUUUGUGGACAGUUUAUACGGCUACCCAGAAGGAAAGGACACGCUGAGGGAGACCAUUAAAUUCAUGUACACAGACUGGGCUGACAAGGACAACCCGGAGACCAGGAGGAAGACCCUGGUGGCUCUCUUCACUGACCACCAGUGGGUGGAGCCCUCGGUGGUGACGGCCGACCUGCACGCCCGCUACGGCUCGCCUACGUACUUCUACGCCUUCUACCACCACUGCCAGAGCCUCAUGAAGCCUGUGUGGUCAGACUCGGCGCACGGAGACGAGGUGCCUUACGUUUUUGGCAUCCCCAUGGUGGGCCCGACGGAUCUGUUCCCCUGCAACUUCUCCAGGAAUGACAUCAUGCUCAGCGCCGUGGUUAUGACUUACUGGACCAACUUUGCCAAGAGUGGGGAUCCUAACAAGCCGGUGCCACAGGACACCAAGUUCAUCCACACCAAGGCCAACCGCUUCGAGGAGGUGGCCUGGUCAAAGUACGACCCCUACGAUCAACUCUACUUGCACAUUGGCCUAAAGCCGCGGAUCCGUGAUCACUACCGUGCCACCAAGGUGGCCUUCUGGAAACACCUGGUGCCUCACCUCUACAACCUCCACGACAUGUUCCAUUACUCAUCCACCACCACCAAGGUCACCCCGCUGGAUCCUACCCAGUCCAAUGGCAAGAGGUCCGGCAGCACGGGACGUCCGCCUGUCUCCACUUCCCACGGUGACGGCGACGCAGGGAGGGAGAUGGGCCCUCUGAUCAUGCCCAACCCGAGAGAUUACUCCACGGAGCUCAGCGUCACCAUCGCUGUCGGGGCGUCGCUGCUCUUCCUCAACGUCCUGGCCUUCGCAGCUCUCUACUACCGCAAGGAUAAACGCAGUCGGCAGGACACGUCCCAGCAGCCCAGUCCCCAGCGCGACAGCAAAGGCAACAACGUGGGCCACACCAACACUGUGGACGAGACCCUGUCGUCAAGGAACCAGUGCGAGGCCCUUCACAAUCCUCUCCACGUUUCGCCCAGCAUGGACUACUCGCUCACCCAGCACCGCUCGCCUGAUGACAUCCCUCUGAUGACCCCAAACAACAUCACCAUGAUCCCCAACUCCCUGAUGGGCCUCUCCAACAUGAGUCCGUACAGCACCUUCCCGGCCGGUUACAGCUCUGCGGGCCUGCCCAGCACCCACUCCACCACCCGGGUAUAA